AACUUUGCAACUGGUCUGAAUCUGAUUCGGAAUCAGUCUCUUUUCGAACGCGAAACUGAAAGCGGAAAGGAAAGGUGCCGGGUGAAAAUGAAAUAAAUAGAAGGGAACCAAAACGCCGCGGACUAAGAAUUCAUAAAAUUAUACAUACCGCACCGCAGCGAUUUUGAAAACAUUCGGAUUGUGUGCUUCAAUUUGCUGGUGGUCCGUCCGAAUCGGCACGAAAAGCUGCGAGAUUUGGUCUAAAAUUAGCGACCGGUGUGUUUUGGUAGGGUGUGUUGUAUUGGUGGUUAGGGGCUCCCAGUGAACUCCGGCCCCUCCGAACCCCCAGCCUCAGCGGCCCACUUGGGAUAUAUAGCCCCGAAAGUGUUUACCCAUAAAUCGGUCGAGAUGCCCCCUGCAUCCAAUACGAUCGUGCUGAAGAGCCUCUCCGUUCUGCUGGGCCUGUUCUUCAUCUUCGUGGGCACCCUCAAGCUGACGCCGCACAUCAGCAAGGAUCUGUACAAGGACCUGCGCACAGAGUACGUCAAGUAUGCCAAAGUAUUUCCGCUCACCGCCCUCUUUGGCGUGAAGAUCCCCUCGAAGUGGUACCGGCGCACCGUUGGCAUCCUGGAGAUCGUCUGCGGCCUGGCCAUGGCUCUGAUUCCCUAUCAUAAGGUCAAGAAUGCGGCCAAUGUCACGCUGCUGGUGCUGAUGCUGCUGGGCAUCUACCAGCACUGGAUGGUAAGUGAUCCCUUCGAGCGCUCCGGACCGGCGCUGGUGUUCACCUUCAUGCUGGGCGGUCGCCUGGUGGUCUGGUACCAGACCGCCCGCCUUCAGAACGAGGCCUCCGCGGCCACCCAGCCUCCGGCGAAUGGGGUCAAGCAGGAUUAGGCCUGCCUUAUCAUCACGCAUACUCAUAGUCAUUCACUGAUCCAGCUUUGUUUUAGCACCUUAGAUUGGCGCGCCCUGUCUUUGGGUCACAAAUUCAUUCACCCAUCAUUCUAGCAAAUCGAAAUUCAUGUUUUCACUUUGGUGCCAAAUAAUUAUCGUAUACAAAACAAAAAACAAAACUAUUGUAAUGGCGAGAGAUAUUAACUAAAACUGUAGAGCCGCGGCAUAAAGACACGACCAGAACAAACCAAAUUAUAAUCAAAUCCUCUUCGUAACGGGCACUUAGUCGAAACCAUCAACAUUACGACUUUUAGAAACAAUUUUAAUAAAUUUGAACAACUCAUACAUAUUUAAAAUUAA